UGCGACCGCCACGUGUGGCAUCUUUCCAGGGGAGCCGGCUCGGAGCAGACUGUGCGCCCGUCGGGGGGAUUGCGCCCGGCUCUGGGCACCGGAGGCGGCGAGAGGCGGCAGCGCGGCGGAGCCCGGGGCCGUGGAUGCUGCGUGCGGAGGCGCUGCCGGUUACGUAAAGAUGAGGGGCUGAGGUCGCCUCGGCGCUCCUGCGAGUCGGAAGCGCCCCGCGCCCCCGCCCCCUUGGCCGCUGCGCCGCGCUGCGCCGCGCUCAUCGUCCGAGGCCAGGGCACGGCGAGCCGAACCUCCGCAGCCACCGCCAAGUUUGGCCGCGCCUCCGGGGCUGCUGUCGCCCGCACCAUGUCCGCGACCGCCUACAUGGACUUCGUGGCUGCCCAGUGUCUGGUUUCCAUUUCGAACCGCGCUGCGGUGCCGGAGCAUGGGGGCGCUCCGGACGCCGAGCGGCUGCGACUACCUGAGCGCGAGGUGACCAAGGAGCAUGGUGACCCGGGGGACACCUGGAAGGAUUACUGCACGCUGGUCACCAUCGCCAAGAGCUUGUUGGACCUGAACAAGUACCGACCCAUCCAGACCCCCUCGGUGUGCAGCGACAGCCUGGAGAGUCCAGAUGAGGAUAUGGGAUCCGACAGCGACGUGACCACCGAAUCUGGGUCGAGUCCUUCCCACAGCCCGGAGGAGAGACAGGAUCCUGGCAGCGCGCCCAGCCCGCUCUCCCUCCUCCACCCUGGAGUGGCUGCGAAGGGGAAACACGCCUCCGAAAAGAGGCACAAGUGCCCCUACAGUGGCUGUGGGAAAGUCUAUGGAAAAUCCUCCCAUCUCAAAGCCCAUUACAGAGUGCAUACAGGUGAACGGCCCUUUCCCUGCACGUGGCCAGACUGCCUUAAAAAGUUCUCUCGCUCCGACGAGCUGACCCGCCACUACCGGACCCACACGGGGGAGAAGCAGUUCCGCUGUCCGCUGUGUGAGAAGCGCUUCAUGAGGAGCGACCACCUGACCAAGCACGCCCGGCGGCACACGGAGUUCCACCCCAGCAUGAUCAAGCGAUCCAAAAAGGCGCUGGCCAACCCUUUGUGAGGUGCUGCCCACCGAGCCAGGGAGGGACGGACCCGGAAGGACGAACUACUCCCAGCGAACAGACAGACAGGUGGGAACCACGGCCCAGAAGAGGCGCGCUGCCAGCACAGGAAGUCGCUGUUCUUUGGUCACUAGUCUAAUUUUCCUCUCCCUGCGUUGUUUUUAAAAAGCACAUUGUAGCCUAAGAUCAAAGUCAACACUUGGUCCCCCUUGCAGAGGCAACUCUGAACCGUCUCUGACUGUUGGAGGGAAGACAAAUGCUUUUUUUUUUUUUUUUUCCUCUCCUUAAUUUUCUUUUGGGGGGGUGGAGGGGUGGCAGGUGUGGGGAGGGGGUUAAAGCCAAGACUGGGGUAGAAUUUUAAAGAUUCAACACUGGUGUACAUAUGUCUGACUGGGUGAGUUGACUUGUAGCAUCACGCAGUGAUUCUGGGCCCUUUCUGCUUGCUCUCUCUCAGAAUUGUUUUCUUACCUUUUAAUGUAAUGACGAGUGUGCUUCAGUUUCUUUAGCAAAACCACUCUCUUGAAUCACGUUACCUUUUGAGAUACGAAACGCCAUAGCACAGCUGUCUUUAUGCAAGCAAGAGCACAUCUACUCCAGCAUGAUCUGUCAUCUAAAGACUUGAAAACAAAAAAGUUACUUAUAGCCAAUGGACCUCUGGGGAAGUAGAUGGAACGGAGGCCACGUGAAAUCGCUGUAUUAUACUGGAGGGGAAUAUUUAUAUUUUCAGCAGCUCUGUACAGCUCCUUACAGAAGAUACCAUUGUUAUCCACAUAUUUCAGAUGAGGAAAUUACUAACUUGCUAAAAGACACAUCUAGUUGCAAGUAUCCUGUUCCAUCAGCUUUAAACUGUAUGAAAUGCAUAAUGAUGUGGAAAUCAGAGAAAACACAAGGAUUGAGCCCAAAUUCUUAGGUCCCCUGCUGCUUUACGGCAAAGAAGCAUAAAAGAACAAUCACAACAAAAAGGUCUGUGCUGUGUCAUGACUGACAGGACAUGGGAAAAGCCUUGAAACUGGAAGCCACAGUUCCUUUCCCCUAGACUGAACACCCUAAUAGCUUUUAUCCCAUCUUAUAUAUUCCAAGUUUCUACAAAAUAUCUAAAUUCAAAAUAAAACAAUAAGUUCUGAGAACAAUUGCCUGGGAUCUCACAGUAAGCUAGCAUAAUGUAACAAAGUCAUUCAUGGGUGAAUGAUGCACUUAAAGUAAUGUAAGAGCGCACAACUUCACUGAUGAGUUCACAUUCCAUGUUGCAAUUAAACUUUCACAAACCACACCUUGGCAAGUUUUGAUGUAAAACAUUAAAGAAUACAUACACUGAAAAGUCUAUUAAAGCACUUCUCCCUUUUCCAGCUGCAUAUCUAUGUGAGGCCAGAUUUUCUUCAUAUACUUCAACCAAAACAUCUCACAACCAAGUGAAUGCAGAAGCACAUAUGAAAAACAACUGACUUCAUCUAAAGAGAUUUACAAAAAUGUAAAAACAAUGUCAUUCUUCUUGCUAAAUGUAUUUUGUUUGGAAAACUGUUUCAUAAAUAU